GGAGCCGUCCCGGACGCCCGGCGGGGCGGCGGUGGCAGCGCGUGCUCUCGUGAACGCUUUAAACACGCAGAACAGAGGUAACCGCGGCGCGGAUCAAUGGGCUAAUUAUGAUGCAAGGGCAGAAGUCCGUGAGCAAAGGGGAAGCGGCAUCCACAAACAGCCGUGCACGCUCUACGCUCCUGUCUGACGUUGUUACGUAAGCGGGACCACUAACUGCCGUGCGCUACCUAGGGAGCUGUGAGCGCAGUGCUGGGAACACCGGGCAGCAGCGCCCGGCCCGCCCGCAGAGCCGCACGGCGGGGGAGGGCUGCCUGCGGGACGCCUCUGUGCCGUUCGGCCGCAGCGGGACGUCGGUCGGCUGCCCGGGACGGCACUCAGAGAGCCGCUCGGCCCCACGUCGGAGCCCCGCCCGCAAACAUGCGGCAGAACGCCCGCGGCCCCAGCACCCGAGCUGAGCUACUCGGCCGGCCGGCCGGGAUCCGCCCGCCGGAGCCAGGGGCGGGCCGAGCCGGGCCGGGCCUAGAGGCGGUGGCGGCGAAGAGGAGGGCCGCGCGGAACGGGCGGAGCUGCGGCGGGGCUCGCCAUGGUGCUGGUGGUCGUCAUGGGCGUGAGCGGCUCCGGGAAAACCACGGUUGGGUCACGUUUGGCAGCAAAGGUACGGCUGCAUUCUGUUCUUGUACCGGUGUUCGUCACUGCUUCUUAUCUUCUCGCUCCGUCUGGCAACCCGCAGCUCUUGGACGACUGGCACUUAGUCGUGCUGCAACAGUGGCAGCUUCACAGCACAGACUGCCUGCUCACCAUAGCCAGUUUGGGCAGCUAUUGCCAACGCAACAUCAUCUAAAGGAACAGCAAUUAUGCGUCAACCAUUGCUGUUGUUUUGCUGAGCUGGUAGUUGUGCUGGGAUGGAAAUUCUAUGAUGCAGAUGACUAUCAUUCUCCAGAGAAUAAAAAGAAGAUGGCAGCAGGAAUACCACUAAAUGAUGAGAGAAGAAUCAUCUAGACAAGAUGCAGUUCUGGCCUGUUCAGCACUGAAGAAAAUCUAUAGACAUAUAUUAGUUAGUGGAGCAUCUGCAAUUGGGAACACCCAGUCAGAGAACCCAGGAGAAAAUGCAGCACUGAAUAUCCUCUUUGUUCAUCUGGAUGGCCCUACAGACCUCAUUGCUCGCCGCCUGGAGAAGAGGAGAGGACAUUUCAUGCCACUAAAACUACUCCAGUCUCAGUUUGAUGCUCUGGAGCCUCCUACAGCACCAGAAAACUUUAUUACUGUCAGUCUAGAAAAAUCUCUUCCUGAGAUAGUGCUGGAGAUUGAGAAAGCCAUUUUUUCAGGGUGAGGCUUUUCCAAAGUAAGUCCCUAAAUCAUAUAUGCAGAAAUUCACUUAGCAAUAUCAUGUUUACGAAGCAUCAUUUUAAUUGUUUUUAAGUUCGUCGAAGCAACUAUUUUUUCCCAAUAUUUAAGUGAAUUACAAUGUUAAGAACUGGUUUGCUACUCUUGGUAUAUUUGUCCUGGCUCUGUAAAAGACAUACAAAAUGAAGUUUUAAAAAACUGUCAGUAAUUCUUAAAUUCCUCACUAUGUGAACAUAAAAUCAGUGUUAGUAUCCAAACACACCCUGCUUUUGAAAAUCCUAUCAAGGAUUAUGCACAAUAAUUGAAUUUCUUUUUCAAUUUUUACUGUCAAACAUGGAGACAGGCACAUCUAACAAGUGAUUAAUUAAUUUACAGCUUUGUUAAAAGCUGUAUGUUUAUCUUCCUGCAAGUAUAAAGGACAGGAAUAUGCACAGUGAAGUCCCGUGCCUGACACGGUCACUGUCUCACUGACAUGAUUUUUAACAGUCUCUGGUUUCUGUGUUUAUGUUCUUGCCAACCUCCCCAGAGCAGCGAGGCUUUACCACCUCUUUAAUACUUUCACUGAACACCGAGCUAGAAGACACAAAGGGAAAAAAGGUGGUGGUGGGAGUGGUGAAGUAACAUACAAAAUACAACUGUAUGAAAAGUUAUGGAAAUAAAUAAAGUAUCUGGGGCACCGUA